AUGCACUAUUACAGAUACGCUAAUGCUGAGGUCAGCUGCUGGUACAAGUACCUUCUGUUCAGUUACAACAUCGUCUUCUGGUUGGCUGGAGUUGUCUUCCUUGGAGUGGGACUGUGGGCAUGGAGCGAGAAGGGUGUGCUGUCAGACCUCACCAGAGUGACACGACUGCAUGGGAUUGACCCUGUGGUGCUGGUCCUGAUGGUGGGCGUGGUGAUGUUCACCCUGGGCUUCGCUGGCUGUGUGGGGGCCCUCCGUGAGAACAUCUGUCUGCUCAAGUUUUUCUGCGGAGCCAUUGUGUUCAUCUUUUUCCUGGAGCUGGCCGUGGCGGUGCUGGCUUUCCUGUUCCAGGAUUGGGUGAGAGACCGGUUCCGGGAGUUCUUCGAGAAUAACAUCAUAUCCUACCGAGAUGACAUCGACCUUCAGAACCUCAUUGACUCCCUGCAGAAAGCCAACCAGUGCUGUGGUGCUUAUGGCCCGGAAGACUGGGACCUUAAUGCCUACUUCAACUGCAGUGGUUCCAGCUACAGCCGAGAGAAGUGUGGAGUGCCCUUUUCCUGCUGUGUGCCGGACCCCGCGCAAAAAGUUAUCAACACACAGUGUGGAUAUGAUGUUAGGACUCAGCUGAAGAGCAAGUGGGACGAGUCCAUCUUCACCAAGGGAUGCAUCCAGGCAUUGGAGGGCUGGCUGCCACGCAACAUCUACAUUGUGGCUGGUAUCUUCAUCGCCAUCUCGCUGCUGCAGAUAUUUGGCAUCUUUCUGGCAAGGACCCUGAUCUCAGACAUUGAGGCAGUGAAAGCCGGCCAUCACUUCUGA